AUGAGUUCUGGGUCGGAUAUCCUGAUUGGCCUGAUGGAUCAGGCUCCCGAGUCGCCUCUGUUUCCUACGGUUGAGCCGGAUAUGAGCGAUACUAAUGAAGAGUCUGAGGACGAGUUUAUCACCAGUGACGAGGAGCUUUUAAGUGGUAUGAUCUCUAAUGACGAGCUGCGACAGCACUAUGGACAAGCAACAACAAUGGCUGAUCAUACAGAUUACUUUGAAAAGUCAAUCACGAAUGCCAUGGAGUCGUUACAGUUGGAUAAGUCUCUAGUUGCGCAGGCGCAAUUGAGUGGACGGAUCAACAACAAGAACCAGCAGCUUAUCGAGGUGAACGAGCAGCUUUGUUCGAAGUUGGAGUCGCUUAAGCAGCAGUACGAGUAUCACAUUGCCAGGAACCGUUUGGGAGUGCUUGAGCGGGACCUAGAUAAUAUCACCUCUCGUAUAGAGACAUUGAAGAACGGUUCUAAGAAGUCGGUCUUGUUUGGCAAUGGCAAGCUUGGAGUAGCUAAAAAAUAUCCAAUUGAGUAUAAUAGGGCCAAGGAUAAGGUCCUAGACCGUGUUUCCGACCCGUAA